AUGGCGGACCCGAGCUCCUUCGCGUCCCCCGCGUGCUGCCUCACGCGGCACCUCCACCUGCGCUGCCGCGCGGACUUCGGCGCGCGGGUGCUGCGGGGCACGGCCGCCCUCACCGUGCGCGCGGAGCGCGAGGCGCUGCGCUGCCUGGUCCUGGAUACAAAAGACGUACAGGUAUUUAAAGUGACUGUAAAUGGACAGGAUGCACAAUUUGCUUUUGGAGAAAAGCACAGUUUCAAGGGGACCCCUCUAGAAAUCACGUUUCCAAAUGAACUAAGAAGGGGACAAGAAGCAAUUGUUGAAAUCUCUUUUGAAAGCUCUCCACAGUCUUCAGCUCUCCAGUGGUUUACUCCAGAGCAAACUUCUGGAAAGAAACACCCAUUUCUCUUCAGCCAGUGCCAGGCUAUCCACUGCAGAGCCAUUUUUCCAUGCCAAGACACGCCUGCUGUGAAACUAACCUACUAUGCAGAGAUUUCCGUCCCGAAGGAGCUGGUGGCUCUGAUGAGCGCCAACCGCGACGGGGAGGGGCCCGACCCAGAGGACAGCGCGCACAAGGUUUACCGCUUCAGCCAGAACGUUCCCAUACCUUGCUACUUGUUUGCUUUAGUGGUUGGAGCCUUAGAAAGUAGAAAGAUUGGCCCAAGGACACUGGUGUGGGCUGAAAAGGAACUAGUGGAUAAAUCAGCCUAUGAAUUUUCUGAGGCUGAAGCUAUGCUGAAAACAGCAGAAGAUUUGGCAGGACCUUAUGUGUGGGGACAGUAUGAUUUGUUAGUCUUACCACCUUCUUUUCCUUAUGGUGGUAUGGAGAAUCCUUGUCUUACUUUUGUAACUCCAACACUACUGGCAGGUGAUCGAUCUCUAUCAAACGUUAUUGCGCAUGAAAUCUCUCAUAGCUGGACAGGAAACUUGGUAACCAACAAAACAUGGGAGCAUUUUUGGCUGAAUGAGGGUCAUACUGUGUACCUGGAGCGCAGGAUCGGUGGCCGGUUGUUUGGUGAGCAGUUCAGGCACUUUCAGGCCCUGGGAGGUUGGCGAGAAUUGCAGAACACGAUAAAUACUCUUGGAGAUAAAAAUCCUGUAACUAAUCUCGUCAUUAAUCUGGAUGAAGUAGAUCCUGAUGUUGCCUAUUCAUCUGUGCCAUAUGAGAAAGGCUUUGCUUUACUUUUUUACCUUGAACAGCUCCUUGGAGGACCAGAUGUCUUCAUUGGCUUCUUGAAGGCUUAUGUUCAGACGUUUGCUUAUAAGAGCAUCAUAACAGAGGACUGGAAGAAGUUCUUGUACUCCUACUUCAAAGAUAAGGUAGAUAUUCUUGAUAAAGUUGACUGGAACUCGUGGUUUCAUGCUCCAGGAAUGCCACCAGUCAAGCCUACGUAUGAUACGACACUAUCAAAUACUUGCAUUGCCUUGAGCCAAAGAUGGAUCCAAGCAAAAGAAAGUGAUUUGGGCUCAUUCAGCUCAGCAGACCUGAAGGAAAUGUCAUCUCAUCAGUUAAUUGAGUUCCUGGCACUGUUGCUUCUGGAGGCACCUCUUCCAUUGUCACAUGUCCAACGCAUGCAGGAAGUAUAUAACUUCAAUGCUAUAAACAACUCUGAAAUAAGAUUCAGAUGGCUGCGCCUCUGUAUCAGGUCCAAGUGGGAAGCAGCUAUUCCUCUGGCUUUAAAAAUGGCAACAGAUCAGGGCAGGAUGAAGUUUACUCGACCAUUGUUCAGGGACCUUUAUGGUUUUGACAAGAGUCGGGAUCUGGCUGUCAAGACAUUUCUGGAGCAUAGGGCCUCUAUGCACCCUGUCACUUCAAUGCUUGUGGGCAAAGACUUGAAGCUGGACCAGUGACAAGUGUACUUAUUUCUUUGAGAUUUUUGUGUUGCUGAAAGAAGAGACUGAUUGCCCAAACUGUUGAUAUGCGUGCUUGAUUAUACCAUAAAAUGCUCUGCUGCUUUGGUGCUUCUGUAACUUAAAAUUAAUUUUCCAAAUCAAGUUCAGUACUGUUGCAGUAGAUAGCACUGCCAGCAGACUCCAAGUACUCCCAGACUCUGACUGCAGGCUUCCCUUGCAGACUCUUGACUGCAGCAGGCCCCAUCAGCAGCCCCUCACAGCAGGGCCAGCAAAAAAAAACCAAAAAA